AUGCCUCACAUCCCGCUGACACCUCGAGAGGCACGCGGAGUUCAUUGCUUCAAAAGGCUCAAGACGUAUGCCAACUUUCCAGAAGCACCUCAGGAGGAGGCUUCUCUCAGCAAUAGGCUCAAGACGUAUGCCAACUUUCCAGAAGCACCUCAGGAGGAGGCUUCUCUCAGCAAUAGGCAACUCCAGAGAUGCCCCGAGAACACUGUCCCAAUUCUAGAGGAACACCAACUUCAGCACAGCAACUCGAGGAAUGCUCCGUGUACCCCAAAUCGUCUCGAGAUGAGAGCUGAUUCCUGGCUUAACCUCAAGACGUAUGCCAACUUCCCAGAAGCACCUCAGGAGGAGGCUUCUCUCAGCAAUAGGCUCAAGACGUAUGCCAACUUUCCAGAAGCACCUCAGGAGGAGGCUUCUCUCAGCAAUAGGCUCAAGACGUAUGCCAACUUUCCAGAAGCACCUCAGGAGGAGGCUUCUCUCAGCAAUAGGCAACUCCAGAGAUGCCCCGAGAACACUGUCCCAAUUCUAGAGGAACACCAACUUCAGCACAGCAACUCGAGGAAUGCUCCGUGUACCCCAAAUCGUCUCGAGAUGAGAGCUGAUUCCUGGCUUAACCUCAAGACGUAUGCCAACUUCCCAGAAGCACCUCAGGAGGAGGCUUCUCUCAGCAAUAGGCUCAAGACGUAUGCAAACUUUCCGGAAGCACCUCAGGAGGAGGCUUCUCUCAGCAAUAGGCAACUCCAGAGAUGCCCCGAGAACACUGUCCCAAUUCUAGAGGAACACCAACUUCAGCACAGCAACUCAAGGAAUGCUCCGUGUACCCCAAAUCGUCUCGAGAUGAGAGCUGAUUCCUGGCUUAACCUCAAGACGUAUGCCAACUUCCCAGAAGCACCUCAGGAGGAGGCUUCUCUCAGCAAUAGGCUCAAGACGUAUGCCAACUUUCCAGAAGCACCUCAGGAGGAGGCUUCUCUCAGCAAUAGGCUCAAGACGUAUGCCAACUUUCCAGAAGCACCUCAGGAGGAGGCUUCUCUCAGCAAUAGGCAACUCCAGAGAUGCCCCGAGAACACUGUCCCAAUUCUAGAGGAACACCAACUUCAGCACAGCAACUCGAGGAAUGCUCCGUGUACCCCAAAUCGUCUCGAGAUGAGAGCUGAUUCCUGGCUUAACCUCAAGACGUAUGCCAACUUCCCAGAAGCACCUCAGGAGGAGGCUUCUCUCAGCAAUAGGCUCAAGACGUAUGCCAACUUUCCAGAAGCACCUCAGGAGGAGGCUUCUCUCAGCAAUAGGCUCAAGACGUAUGCCAACUUUCCAGAAGCACCUCAGGAGGAGGCUUCUCUCAGCAAUAGGCAACUCCAGAGAUGCCCCGAGAACACUGUCCCAAUUCUAGAGGAACACCAACUUCAGCACAGCAACUCGAGGAAUGCUCCGUGUACCCCAAAUCGUCUCGAGAUGAGAGCUGAUUCCUGGCUUAACCUCAAGACGUAUGCCAACUUCCCAGAAGCACCUCAGGAGGAGGCUUCUCUCAGCAAUAGGCUCAAGACGUAUGCCAACUUUCCAGAAGCACCUCAGGAGGAGGCUUCUCUCAGCAAUAGGCUCAAGACGUAUGCCAACUUUCCAGAAGCACCUCAGGAGGAGGCUUCUCUCAGCAAUAGGCAACUCCAGAGAUGCCCCGAGAACACUGUCCCAAUUCUAGAGGAACACCAACUUCAGCACAGCAACUCGAGGAAUGCUCCGUGUACCCCAAAUCGUCUCGAGAUGAGAGCUGAUUCCUGGCUUAACCUCAAGACGUAUGCCAACUUCCCAGAAGCACCUCAGGAGGAGGCUUCUCUCAGCAAUAGGCUCAAGACGUAUGCAAACUUUCCGGAAGCACCUCAGGAGGAGGCUUCUCUCAGCAAUAGGCAACUCCAGAGAUGCCCCGAGAACACUGUCCCAAUUCUAGAGGAACACCAACUUCAGCACAGCAACUCGAGGAAUGCUCCGUGUACCCCAAAUCGUCUCGAGAUGAGAGCUGAUUCCUGGCUUAACCUCAAGACGUAUGCCAACUUCCCAGAAGCACCUCAGGAGGAGGCUUCUCUCAGCAAUAGGCUCAAGACGUAUGCCAACUUUCCAGAAGCACCUCAGGAGGAGGCUUCUCUCAGCAAUAGGCAACUCCAGAGAUGCCCCGAGAACACUGUCCCAAUUCUAGAGGAACACCAACUUCAGCACAGCAACUCGAGGAAUGCUCCGUGUACCCCAAAUCGUCUCGAGAUGAGAGCUGAUUCCUGGCUUAACCUCAAGACGUAUGCCAACUUCCCAGAAGCACCUCAGGAGGAGGCUUCUCUCAGCAAUAGGCUCAAGACGUAUGCCAACUUUCCAGAAGCACCUCAGGAGGAGGCUUCUCUCAGCAAUAGGCUCAAGACGUAUGCCAACUUUCCAGAAGCACCUCAGGAGGAGGCUUCUCUCAGCAAUAGGCAACUCCAGAGAUGCCCCGAGAACACUGUCCCAAUUCUAGAGGAACACCAACUUCAGCACAGCAACUCGAGGAAUGCUCCGUGUACCCCAAAUCGUCUCGAGAUGAGAGCUGAUUCCUGGCUUAACCUCAAGACGUAUGCCAACUUCCCAGAAGCACCUCAGGAGGAGGCUUCUCUCAGCAAUAGGCUCAAGACGUAUGCCAACUUUCCAGAAGCACCUCAGGAGGAGGCUUCUCUCAGCAAUAGGCUCAAGACGUAUGCCAACUUUCCAGAAGCACCUCAGGAGGAGGCUUCUCUCAGCAAUAGGCAACUCCAGAGAUGCCCCGAGAACACUGUCCCAAUUCUAGAGGAACACCAACUUCAGCACAGCAACUCGAGGGAUGCUCCGUGUACCCCAAAUCGUCUCAAGAUGAGAGCUGAUUCCUGGCUUAACCACAAGACGUAUGCCAACUUCCCAGAAGCACCUCAGGAGGAGGAUUCUCUCAGCAAUAGGCUCAAGACGUAUGCCAACUUUCCAGAAGCACCUCAGGAGGAGGCUUCUCUCAGCAAUAGGCUCAAGACGUAUGCCAACUUUCCAGAAGCACCUCAGGAGGAGGCUUCUCUCAGCAAUAGGCUCAAGACGUAUGCCAACUUUCCAGAAGCACCUCAGGAGGAGGCUUCUCUCAGCAAUAGGCUCAAGACGUAUGCCAACUUUCCAGAAGCACCUCAGGAGGAGGCUUCUCUCAGCAAUAGGCUCAAGACAUAUGCCAACUUUCCAGAAGCACCUCAGGAGGAGGCUUCUCUCAGCAAUAGGCUCAAGACGUAUGCCAACUUUCCAGAAGCACCUCAGGAGGAGGCUUCUCUCAGCAAUAGGCUCAAGACGUAUGCCAACUUUCCAGAAGCACCUCAGGAGGAGGCUUCUCUCAGCAAUAGGCUCAAGACAUAUGCCAACUUUCCAGAAGCACCUCAGGAGGAGGCUUCUCUCAGCAAUAGGCAACUCCAGAGAUGCCCCGAGAACACUGUCCCAAUUCUAGAGGAACACCAACUUCAGCACAGCAACUCGAGGAAUGCUCCGUGUACCCCAAAUCGUCUCGAGAUGAGAGCUGAUUCCUGGCUUAACCUCAAGACGUAUGCCAACUUCCCAGAAGCACCUCAGGAGGAGGCUUCUCUCAGCAAUAGGAUCAAGACCUAUGCCAACUUCCCAGAAGCACCUCAGGAGGAGGCUUCUCUCAGCAAUAGGCUCAAGACGUAUGCCAACUUUCCAGAAGCACCUCAGGAGGAGGCUUCUCCCAGCAAUAGGCUCAAGAAGUAUGCCAACUAUCCAGAAGCACCUCAGGAGGCGGCUUCUCUCAGCAAUAGGCUCAAGACGUAUGCCAACUUUCCAGAAGCACCUCAGGAGGAGGCCUCUCCCAGCAAUAGGCUCAAGACGUAUGCCAACUUUCCAGAAGCACCUCAGGAGGAGGCUUCUCCCAGCAAUAGGCUCAAGACGUCUGCCAACUUUCCAGAAGCACCUCAGGAGGAGGCCUCUCCCAGCAAUAGGCUCAAGACGUAUGCCAACUAUCCAGAAGCACCUCAGGAGGCGGCUUCUCUCAGCAAUAGGCUCAAGACGUAUGCCAACUUUCCAGAAGCACCUCAGGAGGAGGCCUCUCCCAGCAAUAGGCUCAAGACGUAUGCCAACUUUCCAGAUGCACCUCAGGAGGAGGCCUCUCCCAGCAAUAGGCUCAAGACGUAUGCCAACUUUCCAGAAGCACCUCAGGAGGAGGCUUCACCCAGCAAUAGGCUCAAGACGUAUGCCAACUUUCCAGAAGCACCUCAGGAGGAGGCUUCACCCAGCAAUAGGCUCAAGACGUAUGCCAACUUUCCAGAAGCACCUCAGGAGGAGGCCUCUCCCAGCAAUAGGCUCAAGACGUAUGCCAACUUUCCUGAAGCACCUCAGGAGGAGGCUUCUCCCAGCAAUAGGCUCAAGACGUAUGCCAACUAUCCAGAAGCACCUCAGGAGGCGGCUUCUCUCAGCAAUAGGCUCAAGACGUAUGCCAACUUUCCAGAAGCACCUCAGGAGGAGGCCUCUCCCAGCAAUAGGCUCAAGACGUAUGCCAACUUUCCAGAAGCACCUCAGGAGGAGGCUUCUCCCAGCAAUAGGCUCAAGACGUAUGCCAACUAUCCAGAAGCACCUCAGGAGGCGGCUUCUCUCAGCAAUAGGCUCAAGACGUAUGCCAACUUUCCAGAAGCACCUCAGGAGGAGGCCUCUCCCAGCAAUAGGCUCAAGACGUAUGCCAACUAUCCAGAAGCACCUCAGGAGGCGGCUUCUCUCAGCAAUAGGCUCAAGACAUAUGCCAACUUUCCAGAAGCACCUCAGGAGGAGGCCUCUCCCAGCAAUAGGGUCAAGAAGUAUGCCAACUAUACAGAAGCACCUGAGGAGGCGGCUUCUCUCAGCAAUAGGCUCAAGACGUAUGCCAACUUUCCAGAAGCACCUCAGGAGGAGGCCUCUCCCAGCAAUAGGCUCAAGACGUAUGCCAACUUUCCAGAAGCACCUCAAGAGGAGGCUUCUCCCAGCAAUAGGCUCAAGACGUAUGCCAACUUUCCAGAAGCACCUCAGGAGGAGGCUUCUCCCAGCAAUAGGCUCAAGACGUAUGCCAACUUUCCAGAAGCACCUCAGGAGGAGGCCUCUCCCAGCAAUAGGCUCAAGACGUAUGCCAACUUUCCAGAAGCACCUCAGGAGGAGGCCUCUCCCAGCAAUAGGCUCAAGACGUAUGCCAACUUUCCAGAAGCACCUCAGGAGGAGGCUUCACCCAGCAAUAGGCUCAAGACGUAUGCCAACUUUCCAGAAGCACCUCAGGAGGAGGCUUCUCCCAGCAAUAGGCUCAAGACGUAUGCCAACUUUCCAGAAGCACCUCAGGAGGAGGCCUCUCCCAGCAAUAGGCUCAAGACGUAUGCCAACUAUCCAGAAACACCUCAGGAGGCGGCUUCUCUCAGCAAUAGGCUCAAGACGUAUGCCAACUUUCCAGAAGCACCUCAGGAGGAGGCCUCUCCCAGCAAUAGGCUCAAGACGUAUGCCAACUUUCCAGAAGCACCUCAGGAGGAGGCUUCACCCAGCAAUAGGCUCAAGACGGAUGCCAACUAUCCAGAAGCACCUCAGGAGGCGGCUUCUCUCAGCAAUAGGCUCAAGACGUAUGCCAACUUUCCAGAAGCACCUCAGGAGGAGGCCUCUCCCAGCAAUAGGCUCAAGACGUAUGCCAACUUUCCAGAAGCACCUCAGGAGGAGGCUUCACCCAGCAAUAGGCUCAAGACGGAUGCCAACUAUCCAGAAGCACCUCAGGAGGCGGCUUCUCUCAGCAAUAGGCUCAAGACGUAUGCCAACUAUCCAAAAGCACCUCAGGAGGCGGCUUCUCUCAGCAAUAGGCUCAAGACGGAUGCCAACUAUCCAGAAGCACCUCAGGAGGCGGCUUCUCUCAGCAAUAGGCUCAAGACGUAUGCCAACUUUCCAGAAGCACCUCAGGUGGAGGCUUCACCCAGCAAUAGGCUCAAGACGGAUGCCAACUAUCCAGAAGCACCUCAGGAGGCGGCUUCUCUCAGCAAUAGGCUCAAGACGUAUGCCAACUAUCCAGAAGCACCUCAGGAGGCGGCUUCUCUCAGCAAUAGGCUCAAGACGUAUGCCAACUUUCCAGAAGCACCUCAGGAGGAGGCCUCUCCCAGCAAUAGGCUCAAGACGUAUGCCAACUUUCCAGAAGCACCUCAGGAGGAGGCUUCACCCAGCAAUAGGCUCAAGACGGAUGCCAACUAUCCAGAAGCACCUCAGGAGGCGGCUUCUCUCAGCAAUAGGCUCAAGACGUAUGCCAACUAUCCAGAAGCACCUCAGGAGGCGGCUUCUCUCAGCAAUAGGCUCAAGACGUAUGCCAACUUUCCAGAAGCACCUCAGGAGGAGGCUUCACCCAGCAAUAGGCUCAAGACGGAUGCCAACUAUCCAGAAGCACCUCAGGAGGCGGCUUCUCUCAGCAAUAGGCUCAAGACGUAUGCCAACUAUCCAGAAGCACCUCAGGAGGCGGCUUCUCUCAGCAAUAGGCUCAAGCCGUAUGCCAACUUUCCAGAAGCACCUCAGGAGGAGGACUCUCCCAGCAAUAGGCUCAAGACGUAUGCCAACUAUCCAGAAACACCUCAGGAGGCGGCUUCUCUCAGCAAUAGGCUCAAGACGUAUGCCAACUUUCCAGAAGCACCUCAGGAGGAGGCCUCUCCCAGCAAUAGGCUCAAGACGUAUGCCAACUUUCCAGAAGCACCUCAGGAGGAGGCUUCUCCCAGCAAUAGGCUCAAGACGUAUGCCAACUUUCCAGAAGCACCUCAGGAGGAGGCCUCUCCCAGCAAUAGGCUCAAGACGUAUGCCAACUUUCCAGAAGCACCUCAGGAGGAGGCCUCUCCCAGCAAUAGGCUCAAGACGUAUGCCAAAUUUCCAGAAGCACCUCAGGAGGAGUAUUCUCUCAGCAAUAGGCUGAAGACGUAUGCCAACUUUCCAGAAGCACCUCAGGAGGAGGCCUCUCCCAGCAAUAGGCUCAAGACGUAUGCCAACUUUCCAGAAGCACCUCAUGAGGAGGCUUCUCCCAGCAAUAGGCUCAAGACGUAUGCCAACUUUCCAGAAGCACCACAGGAGGAGGCUUCUCUCAGCAAGAGGCUCAAGACGUAUGCCAACUUUCCAGAAGCACCUCAGGAGAAGGUUUCUCCCAGCAAUAGGCUCAAGACGUAUGCCAACUUUCCAGAAGCACCUCAGGAGAAGGUUUCUCCCAGCAAUAGGCUCAAGACGUAUGCCAACUUUCCAGAAGCACCUCAGGAGGAGGCUUCUCCCAGCAAUAGGCUCAAGACGUAUGCCAACUUUCCAGAAGCACCUCAGGAGGAGGCUUCUCCCAGCAAUAGGCUCAAGACGUAUGCCAACCUUCCAGAAGCACCACAGGAGGAGGCUUCUCUCAGCAAUAGGCUCAAGACAUAUGCCAACUUUCCAGAAGCACCUCAGGAGGAGGCUUCUCCCAGCAAUAGGCUCAAGACGUAUGCCAACCUUCCAGAAGCACCACAGGAGGAGGCUUCUCUCAGCAAUAGGCUCAAGACGUAUGCCAACUAUCCAGAAGCACCUCAGGAGGCGGCUUCUCUCAGCAAUAGGCUCAAGACGUAUGCCAACUUUGCAGAAGCACCUCAUGAGGAGGCUUCUCCCAGCAAUAGGCUCAAGACGUAUGCCAACUUUCCAGAAGCACCACAGGAGGAGGCUUCUCUCAGCAAGAGGCUCAAGACGUAUGCCAACUUUCCAGAAGCACCACAGGAGGAGGCUUCUCUCAGCAAGAGGCUCAAGACGUAUGCCAACAUUCCAGAAGCACCUCAUGAGGAGGCUUCUCCCAGCAAUAGGCUCAAGACGUAUGCCAACCUUCCAGAAGCACCACAGGAGGAGGCUUCUCUCAGCAAUAGGCUCAAGACGUAUGCCAACUUUCCAGAAGCACCUCAGGAGGAGGCUUCUUCCAGCAAUAGGCUCAAGACGUAUGCCAACUUUCCAGAAGCACCUCAGGAGGAGGCUUCUCCCAGCAAUAGGCUCAAGACGUAUGCCAACUUUCCAGAAGCACCUCAGGAGGAGGCUUCUCCCAGCAAUAGGCUCAAGACGUAUGCCAACUUUUCAGAAGCACCUCAGGAGAAGGUUUCUCCCAGCAAUAGGCUCAAGACGUAUGCCAACUUUCCAGAAGCACCACAGGAGGAGGCUUCUCUCAGCAAUAGGCUCAAGACGUAUGCCAACCUUCCAGAAGCACCACAGGAGGAGGCUUCUCUCAGCAAUAGGCUCAAGACGUAUGCCAACUUUCCAGAAGCACCUCAGGAGAAGGUUUCUCCCAGCAAUAGGCUCAAGACGUAUGCCAACUUUCCAGAAGCACCACAGGAGGAGGCUUCUCUCAGCAAUAGGCUCAAGACGUAUGCCAACCUUCCAGAAGCACCACAGGAGGAGGCUUCUCUCAGCAAUAGGCUCAAGACGUAUGCCAACUUUCCAGAAGCACCUCAGGAGAAGGUUUCUCCCAGCAAUAGGCUCAAAACCUAUGCCAACUUUCCAGAAGCACCUCAGGAGGAGGCUUCUCCCAGCAAUAGGCUCAAGUCGUAUGCCAACUUUCCAGAAGCACCUCAGGAGGAGGCUUCUCUCAGCAAUAGGCUCAAAACCUAUGCCAACUUUCCAGAAGCACCUCAGGAGGAGGCUUCUCCCAGCAAUAGGCUCAAGACGUAUGCCAACUUUCCAGAAGCACCUGAGGAGGAGGUUUCUCCCAGCAAUAGGCUCAAGACGUAUGCCAACUUUCCAGAAGCACCUCAGGAGGAGGCUUCUCCCAGCAAUAGGCUCAAGCCGUAUGCCAACUUUCCAGAAGCACCUCAGGAGGAGGCUUCUCCCAGCAAUAGGCUCAAGACAUAUGCCAACUUUCCAGAAGCACCUCAGGAGGAGGCUUCUCUCAGCAAUAGGCUCAAGACAUAUGCCAACUUUCCAGAAGCACCUCAGGAGGAGGAUUCUCUCAGCAAUAGGCUCAAGACGUAUGCCAACUUUCCAGAAGCACCUCAGGAGGAGGCUUCUCCCAGCAAUAGGCUCAAGACCUAUGCCAACUUUCCAGAAGCACCUCAGGAGGAGGCUUCUCCCAGCAAUAGGCUCAAGACGUAUGCCAACUUUCCAGAAGCAUCUCAGGAGGAGGUUUCUCCCAGCAAUAGGCUCAAGACGUAUGCCAACUUUCCAGAAGCACCACAGGAGGAGGCUUCUCUAAGCAAUAGGCUCAAGACGUAUGCCAACUUUCCAGAAGCACCACAGGAGGAGGCUUCUCUAAGCAAUAGGCUCAAGACGUAUGCCAACUUUCCAGAAGCACCUCAGGAGGAGGAUUCUCCCAGCAAUAGGCUCAAGACGUAUGCCAACUUUCCAGAAGCACCUCAGGAGGAGGCUUCUCCCAGCAAUAGGCUCAAGACGUAUGCCAACUUUCCAGAAGCACCUCAGGAGGAGGCUUCUCUCAGCAAUAGGCUCAAGACGUAUGCCAACUUUCCAGAAGCACCUCAGGAGGAGGCUUCUCCCAGCAAUAGGCUCAAGACGUAUGCCAAUUUUGUAGAAGCACCUGAGGAGGAGGUUUCUCCCAGCAAUAGGCUCAAGACGUAUGCCAACUUUCCAGAAGCACCUCAGGAGGAGGCUUCUCUCAGCAAUAGGCUCCAGACGUAUGCCAACUUUCCAGAAGCACCUCAGGAGGAAGCUUCGGCCAGCAAUAGGCUCAAGACGUAUGCCAACUUUCCAGAAGCACCUCAGGAGGAGGCUUCUCUCAGCAAUAGGCUCAAGACGUAUGCCAAUUUUGUAGAAGCACCUGAGGAGGAGGUUUCUCCCAGCAAUAGGCUCAAGACGUAUGCCAACUUUCCAGAAGCACCUCAGGAGGAGGCUUCUCUCAGCAAUAGGCUCCAGACGUAUGCCAACUUUCCAGAAGCACCUCAGGAGGAAGCUUCGGCCAGCAAUAGGCUCAAGACGUAUGCCAACUUUCCAAAAGCACCUCAGGAGGAGGCUUCUCUCAGCAAUAGGCUCAAGACGUAUGCCAACUUUCCAAAAGCACCUCAGGAGGAGGCUUCUCUCAGCAAUAGGCUCAAGACGUAUGCCAACUUUCCAGAAGCACCUCAGGAGGAGGCUUCUCCCAGCAAUAGGCUCAAGACGUAUGCCAACUUUCCAGAAGCACCUCAGGAGGAGGCUUGUCCCAGCAAUAGGCUCAAGACGUAUGCCAACUUUCCAAAAGCACCUCAGGAGGAGGCUUCUCUCAGCAAUAGGCUCAAGACGUAUGCCAACUUUCCAGAAGCACCUCAGGAAGAGGCUUCUCCCAGCAAUAGGCUCAAGACGUAUGCCAACUUUCCAGAAGCACCUCAGGAGGAAGCUUCGGCCAGCAAUAGGCUCAAGACGUAUGCCAACUUUCCAAAAGCACCUCAGGAGGAGGCUUCUCUCAGCAAUAGGCUCAAGACGUAUGCCAACUUUCCAGAAGCACCUCAGGAGGAGGCUUCUCCCAGCAAUAGGCUCAAGACGUAUGCCAACUUUCCAGAAGCACCUCAGGAGGAGGCUUCUCCCAGCAAUAGGCUCAAGACGUAUGCCAACUUUCCAGAAGCACCUCAGGAGGAGGCUUGUCCCAGCAAUAGGCUCAAGACGUAUGCCAACUUUCCAGAAGCACCUCAGGAGGAGGCUUCUCUCAGCAAUAGGCUCAAGACGUAUGCCAACUUUCCAGAAGCACCUCAGGAAGAGGCUUCUCCCAGCAAUAGGCUCAAGACGUAUGCCAACUUUCCAGAAGCACCUCAGGAGGAAGCUUCGGCCAGCAAUAGGCUCAAGACGUAUGCCAACUUUCCAAAAGCACCUCAGGAGGAGGCUUCUCUCAGCAAUAGGCUCAAGACGUAUGCCAACUUUCCAGAAGCACCUCAGGAGGAGGCUUCUCCCAGCAAUAGGCUCAAGACGUAUGCCAACUUUCCAGAAGCACCUCAGGAGGAGGCUUCUCCCAGCAAUAGGCUCAAGACCUAUGCCAACUUUCCAGAAGCACCUCAGGAGGAGGCUUCUCCCAGCAAUAGGCUCAAGACGUAUGCCAACUUUCCAGAAGCACCUCAGGAGGAGGUUUCUCCCAGCAAUAGGCUCAAGAUGUAUGCCAACUUUCCAGAUGCACCACAGGAGGAGGAUUCUUUAAGCAAUAGGCUCAAGACGUAUGCCAACUUUCCAGAAGCACCUCAGGAGGAGGUUUCUCACAGCAAUAGGCUCAAAACCUAUGCCAACUUUCCAGAAGCACCUCCGGAGGAGGCUUCUCUCAGCAAUAGGCUCAAAACCUAUGCCAACUUUCCAGAAGCACCUCAGGAGGAGGCUUCUACCAGCAAUAGGCUCAAGACGUAUGCCAACUUUCCAGAAGCACCUGAGGAGGAGGUUUCUCCCAGCAAUAGGCUCAAGACGUAUGCCAACUUUCCAGAAGCACCUCAGGAGGAGGCUUCUCUCAGCAAUAGGCUCAAGACGUAUGCCAACUUUCCAGAAGCACCUCAGGAGGAAGCUUCUGCCAGCAAUAGGCUCAAGACGUAUGCCAACUUUCCAGAAGCACCUGAGGAGGAGGUUUCUCCCAGCAAUAGGCUCAAGACGUAUGCCAACUUUCCAGAAGUACCUGAGGAGGAGGUUUCUCCCAGCAAUAGGCUCAAGACGUAUGCCAACUUUCCAGAAGCACCUGAGGAGGAGGUUUCUCCCAGCAAUAGGCUCAAGACGUAUGGCAACUUUCCAGAAGCACCUCAGGAGGAAGCUUCUGCCAGCAAUAGGCUCAAGACGUAUGCCAACUUUCCAGAAGCACCUCAGGAGGAAGCUUCUGCCAGCAAUAGGCUCAAGACGUAUGCCAACUUUCCAGAAGCACCUCAGGAGGAGGAUUCUCCCAGCAAUAGGCUCAAGACGUAUGCCAACUUUCCAGAAGCACCUCAGGAGGAGGCUUCUCCCAGCAAUAGGCUCAAGACGUAUGCCAACUUUCCAGAAGCACCUCAGGAAGAGGCUUCUCCCAGCAAUAGGCUCAAGACGUAUGCCAACUUUCCAGAAGCACCUCAGGAGGAGGAUUCUCUCAGCAAUAGGCUCAAGACGUAUGCCAAGUUUCCAGAAGCACCUCAGGGGGAGGCUUCUUCCAGCAAUAGGCUCAAGACGUAUGCCAACUUUCCAGAAGCACCUCAGGAGGAGGCCUCUCCCAGCAAUAGGCUCAAGACGUAUGCCAACUUUCCAGAAGCUCCUCAGGAGGAGGCUUCUCUCAGCAAUAGGCUCAAGACGUAUGCCAACUUUUCUGAAGCACCUCAGGAGGAGGCUUCUCUCAGCAAUAGGCUCAAGACGUAUGCCAACAUUCCAGAAGCACCUCAGGAGGAGGUUUCUCCCAGCAAUAGGCUCAAGACGUAUGCCAACUUUCCAGAAGCACCUCAGGAGGAAGCUUCUGCCAGCAAUAGGCUCAAGACGUAUGCCAACUUUCCAGAAGCACCUGAGGAGGAGGUUUCUCCCAGCAAUAGGCUCAAGACGUAUGCCAACUUUCCAGAAGCACCUCAGGAGGAGGCUUCUCCCAGCAAUAGGCUCAAGACGUAUGCCAACUUUCCAGAAGCACCUCAGGAAGAGGCUUCUCCCAGCAAUAGGCUCAAGACGUAUGCCAACUUUCCAAAAGCACCUCAGGAGGAGGCUUCUCUCAGCAAUAGGCUCAAGACGUAUGCCAACUUUCCAGAAGCACCUCAGGAGGAGGCUUCUCCCAGCAAUAGGCUCAAGACGUAUGCCAACUUUCCAGAAGCACCUCAGGAGGAGGCUUCUCCCAGCAAUAGGCUCAAGACGUAUGCCAACUAUCCAGAAGCACCUCAGGAGGAGGCUUCUCUCAGCAAUAGGCUCAAGACGUAUGCCAACUUUCCAGAAGCACCUCAGGAGGAAGCUUCGGCCAGCAAUAGGCUCAAGACGUAUGCCAACUUUCCAAAAGCACCUCAGGAGGAGGCUUCUCUCAGCAAUAGGCUCAAGACGUAUGCCAACUUUCCAGAAGCACCUCAGGAGGAGGCUUCUCCCAGCAAUAGGCCCAAGUCGUAUGCCAACUUUCCAGAAGCACCUCAGGAGGAGGCUUCUCCCAGCAAUAGGCUCAAGACGUAUGCCAACUUUCCAGAAGCACCUCAGGAGGAGGUUUCUCCCAGCAAUAGGCUCAAGACGUAUGCCAACUUUCCAGAAGCACCUCAGGAGGAGGUUUCUCCCAGCAAUAGGCUCAAGACGUAUGCCAACUUUCCAGAAGCACCUGAGGAGGAGGUUUCUCCCAGCAAUAGGCUCAAGACGUAUGCCAACAUUCCAGAAGCACCUCAGGAGGAGGUUUCUCCCAGCAAUAGGCUCAAGACGUAUGCCAACUUUCCAGAAGCACCUCAGGAGGUGGCUUCUCCCAGCAAUAGGCUCAAGACGUAUGCCAACUUUCCAGAAGCACCUGAGGAGGAGGUUUCUCCCAGCAAUAGGCUCAAGACGUAUGCCAACUUUCCAGAAGCACCUGAGGAGGAGGUUUCUCCCAGCAAUAGGCUCAAGACGUAUGCCAACAUUCCAGAAGCACCUCAGGAGGAGGUUUCUCCCAGGAAUAGGCUCAAGACGUAUGCCAACUUUCCAGAAGCACCUCAGGAGGAGGAUUCUCCCAGCAAUAGGCUCAAGUCGUAUGCCAACUUUCCAGAAGCACCUCAGGAGGAGGCUUCUCCCAGCAAUAGGCUCAAGACGUAUGCCAACUUUCCAGAAGCACCUCAGGAAGUGGCUUCUCCCAGCAAUAGGCUCAAGACGUAUGCCAACUUUCCAGAAGCACCUCAGGAGGAGGCUUCUCUCAGCAAUAGGCUCAAGACGUAUGCCAACUUUCCAGAAGCACCUCAGGAGGAGGAUUCUCUCAGCAAUAGGCUCAAGACGUAUGCCAAGUUUCCAGAAGCACCUCAGGGGGAGGCUUCUUCCAGCAAUAGGCUCAAGACGUAUGCCAACUUUCCAGAAGCACCUCAGGAGGAGGCUUCUCUCAGCAAUAGGCUCAAGACGUAUGCCAACUUUCCAGAAGCACCUCAGGAGGAGGCCUCUCCCAGCAAUAGGCUCAAGACGUAUGCCAACUUUCCAGAAGCUCCUCAGGAGGAGGCUUCUCUCAGCAAUAGGCUCAAGACGUAUGCCAACUUUUCUGAAGCACCUCAGGAGGAGGCUUCUCUCAGCAAUAGGCUCAAGACGUAUGCCAACUUUCCAGAAGCUCCACAGGAGGAGGCUUCUCUAAGCAAUAGGCUCAAGACGUAUGCCAACUAUCCAGAAGCACCUCAGGAGGAGACUUCUCUCAGCAAUUGGCUCAAGACGUAUGCCAACUUUCCAGAAGCACCUCAGGAGGAGGCUUCUCUCAGCAAUUGGUUCAAGACGUAUGCCAACUUUCCAGAAGCACCUCAGGAGGAGGCUUCUCUCAGCAAUUGGCUCAAGACGUAUGCCAACUUUCCAGAAGCACCUCAGGAGGAGGCUUCUCUCAGCAAUAGGUUCAAGACGUAUGCCAACUUUCCAGAAGCACCUCAGGAGGAGGCUUCUCUCAGCAAUUGGCUCAAGACGUAUGCCAACUUUCCAGAAGCACCUCAGGAGGAGGCUUCUCUCAGCAAUAGGCUCAAGACGUAUGCCAACUUUCCAGAAGCACCUCAGGAGGAGGCUUCUCUCAGCAAUUGGCUCAAGACGUAUGCCAACUUUCCAGAAGCACCUCAGGAGGAGACUUCUCUCAGCAAUUGGCUCAAGACGUAUGCCAACUUUCCAGAAGCACCUCAGGAGGAGGCUUCUCUCAGCAAUUGGUUCAAGACGUAUGCCAACUUUCCAGAAGCACCUCAGGAGGAGGCUUCUCUCAGCAAUUGGCUCAAGACGUAUGCCAACUUUCCAGAAGCACCUCAGGAGGAGGCUUCUCUCAGCAAUAGGCUCAAGACGUAUGCCAACUUUCCAGAAGCACCUCAGGAGGAGGCUUCUCUCAGCAAUUGGCUCAAGACGUAUGCCAACUUUCCAGAAGCACCUCAGGAGGAGGCUUCUCUCAGCAAUUGGCUCAAGACGUAUGCCAACUUUCCAGAAGCACCUCAGGAGGAGGCUUCUCUCAGCAAUUGGCUCAAGACGUAUGCCAACUUUCCAGAAGCACCUCAGGAGCAGACUUCUCUCAGCAAUUGGCUCAAGACGUAUGCCAACUUUCCAGAAGCACCUCAGGAGGAGGCUUCUCUCAGCAAUUGGCUCAAGACGUAUGCCAACUUUCCAGAAGCACCUCAGGAGGAGGCUUCUCUCAGCAAUUGGCUCAAGACGUAUGCCAACUUUCCAGAAGCACCUCAGGAGGAGACUUCUCUCAGCAAUUGGUUCAAGACGUAUGCCAACUUUCCAGAAGCACCUCAGGAGGAGGCUUCUCUCAGCAAUUGGCUCAAGACGUAUGCCAACUUUCCAGAAGCACCUCAGGAGGAGGCUUCUCUCAGCAAUAGGCUCAAGACGUAUGCCAACUUUCCAGAAGCACCUCAGGAGGAGGCUUCUCUCAGCAAUUGGCUCAAGACGUAUGACAACUUUCCAGAAGCACUUCAGGAUGAGGCUUAUCUCAGCAAUAGGCUCAAGACGUAUGCCAACUUUCCAGAAGCACCUCAGGAGGAGGCUUCUCUCAGCAAUAGGCUCAAGACGUAUGCCAACUUUCCAGAAGCACCUCAGGAGGAGGCUUCUCUCAGCAAUUGGCUCAAGACGUAUGCCAACUUUCCAGAAGCACCUCAGGAGGAGGCUUCUCUCAGCAAUAGGUUCAAGACGUAUGCCAACUUUCCAGAAGCACCUCAGGAGGAGGCUUCUCUCAGCAAUUGGCUCAAGACGUAUGCCAACUUUCCAGAAGCACCUCAGGAGGAGGCUUCUCUCAGCAAUUGGCUCAAGACGUAUGCCAACUUUCCAGAAGCACCUCAAGAGGAGACUUCUCUCAGCAAUUGGUUCAAGACGUAUGCCAACUUUCCAGAAGCACCUCAGGAGGAGGCUUCUCUCAGCAAUUGGCUCAAGACGUAUGCCAACUUUCCAGAAGCACCUCAGGAGGAGGCUUCUCUCAGCAAUAGGCUCAAGACGUAUGCCAACUUUCCAGAAGCACCUCAGGAGGAGGCUUCUCUCAGCAAUUGGCUCAAGACGUAUGACAACUUUCCAGAAGCACUUCAGGAUGAGGCUUAUCUCAGCAAUAGGCUCAAGACGUAUGCCAACUUUCCAGAAGCACCUCAGGAGGAGGCUUCUCUCAGCAAUUGGCUCAAGACGUAUGCCAACUUUCCAGAAGCACCUCAGGAGGAGGCUUCUCUCAGCAAUAGGCUCAAGACGUAUGCCAACUUUCCAGAAGCACCUCAGGAGGAGGCUUCUCUCAGCAAUAGGCUCAAGACGUAUGCCAACUUUCCAGAAGCACCUCAGGAGGAGGCUUCUCUCAGCAAUUGGCUCAAGACGUAUGACAACUUUCCAGAAGCACUUCAGGAUGAGGCUUAUCUCAGCAAUAGGCUCAAGACGUAUGCCAACUUUCCAGAAGCACCUCAGGAGGAGGCUUCUCUCAGCAAUUGGCUCAAGACGUAUGCCAACUUUCCAGAAGCACCUCAGGAGGAGGCUUCUCUCAGCAAUAGGCUCAAGACGUAUGCCAACUUUCCAGAAGCACCUCAGGAGGAGGCUUCUCUCAGCAAUUGGCUCAAGACGUAUGCCAACUUUCCAGAAGCACCUCAGGAGGAGGCUUCUCUCAGCAAUAGGUUCAAGACGUAUGCCAACUUUCCAGAAGCACCUCAGGAGGAGGCUUCUCUCAGCAAUUGGCUCAAGACGUAUGCCAACUUUCCAGAAGCACCUCAGGAGGAGGCUUCUCUCAGCAAUAGGCUCAAGACGUAUGCCAACUUUCCAGAAGCACCUCAGGAGGAGACUUCUCUCAGCAUUUGGUUCAAGACGUAUGCCAACUUUCCAGAAGCACCUCAGGAGGAGGCUUCUCUCAGCAAUUGGCUCAAGACGUAUGCCAACUUUCCAGAAGCACCUCAGGAGGAGGCUUCUCUCAGCAAUAGGCUCAAGACGUAUGCCAACUUUCCAGAAGCACUUCAGGAUGAGGCUUAUCUCAGCAAUAGGCUCAAGACGUAUGCCAACUUUCCAGAAGCACCUCAGGAGGAGGCUUCUCUCAGCAAUUGGUUCAAGACGUAUGCCAACUUUCCAGAAGCACCUCAGGAGGAGGCUUCUCUCAGCAAUAGGCUCAAGACGUAUGCCAACUUUCCAGAAGCACCUCAGGAGGAGGCUUCUCUCAGCAAUAGGCUCAAGACGUAUGCCAACUUUCCAGAAGCACCUCAGGAGGAGGCUUCUCUCAGCAAUAGGCUCAAGACGUAUGCCAACUUUCCAGAAGCACCUCAGGAGGAGGCUUCUCUCAGCAAUUGGCUCAAGACGUAUGCCAACUUUCCAGAAGCACUUCAGGAUGAGGCUUAUCUCAGCAAUAGGUUCAAGACGUAUGCCAACUUUCCAGAAGCACCUCAGGAGGAGGCUUCUCUCAGCAAUAGGCUCAAGACGUAUGCCAACUUUCCAGAAGCACCUCAGGAGGAGGCUUCUCUCAGCAAUAGGUUCAAGACGUAUGCCAACUUUCCAGAAGCCACUCAGGAGGAGGCUUCUCUCAGCAAUAGGCUCAAGACGUAUGCCAACUUUCCAGAAGCACCUCAGGAGGAGACUUCUCUCAGCAAUUGGUUCAAGACGUAUACCAACUUUCCAGAAGCACCUCAGGAGGAGGCUUCUCUCAGCAAUAGGUUCAAGACGUAUGCCAACUUUCCAGAAGCACCUCAGGAGGAGGCUUCUCUCAGCAAUAGGAAUCCCAAAAUCCCUGUGGCUACUGGAAAGGGUCCUUGGGUGCCCUGCCUCACCUCGAGAAGCAUCCCUUUUGCCCUGCCCAGCUUCGAAGAGAUUCCUGAGGUGUCCCUCGUUACUAGACAGGAGUCCUGA